AUAUGUAGUGUCCUGCAGUAUGUUUGUCAUAAAGAAUCAUUGACUAUACCAGAUACACUAGCCAAGAGGAUUGCAGAGAAGUCAGAGAGAAACCUUCGUAAAGCUAUACUGCUUUGUGAGGCGUGUCGUGUUCAGCAGUAUCCCUUCAAUGAUGAUCAGGUUGUUCCUGAUUGUGAGUGGGAGGUUUUCUUACGUGAAACAGCUGCAAUGAUCAUCACAGAGCAGAGCCCUAAGAGGUUACUUGAAGUAAGAGGACGUUAUUAUGAGCUGUUAACUCAUUGUAUACCACCUGAUAUUAUUUUUAAAAGGAUAUUGACUGAGCUGGUUGCUAACUGUGAUGGUACAUUGAAAGCUGAAGUGACUCAAUUAGCAGCUCAGUAUCAAGCUCAGUCACAACUGGGUAGUAAAGCAAUCUUUCAUCUUGAGGCCUUCACAGCAAAAUUUAUGAGAAUAUAUAAACAAUUUUUAGAGGAAGGACUGGAGAGUAUGGGCUUCUGAUACAGUGCCUACAAUUAUUU